AGCGGUUUGGAUGGUUUACUAGGGGUUGAGGGUAAUGAAGGUGAUCCGGGUGAUAAGGGUUUUAGAGGAGCUCCUGGAACAACUGGCAGCCCUGGCAAAAUGGGAAAACUUGGACCACCUGGGAUCAUGGGAAACACUGGGGCACCAGGCUUUAAGGGUAAAGCUGGACACAAAGGAAAGCAAGGGCCCCCUGGACCAAUGGGGCCAAAGGGUAUUCCAGGACUGAGAGGAGAGAAGGGAGAGUCUGGAACUACUGGUCCGAAGGGUCUCCCAGGUGACACAGGAAUACUGGGACCAAUCGGGCCACCUGGGCUAAAGGGGAAUCCUGGUUUGCAGGGGCUCAAAGGUCAGAUAGGUCAAAAAGGAAAGCUGGGGGAUAGCGGUCCUCGUGGUCCACAUGGGCGAAAAGGUUUCCUUGGACUUCCUGGCCAGCUUGGAAAGAAGGGAAUGAAAGGUGUCCAAGGCGGGAAAGGACCAAAGGGAGCAAAGGGAAAACCUGGACCUCCAGGAAAGCCAGGUGCACCAGGCAAGCAAAGGCCUACACAAAGACGGAGAUCAGAACCUGAGCCGAAAUCAGGUCAAAGAAAUGAGCACAGACCCCAAACAAGACCCUAUACAAGACUGAAAUUAAAAAAUGUACCAAAAUCCAGACAGACAACCAGCCCUCUGAGGCAAAGGGAAGAGCAACAAAAACAGCCCAGGUUGCUGUCCAGGAGAUGGUCUGAAGGAGAUGAGGCUGAGGAAUCCUUCAGCUGGCCCCAGGGAACCAAAGGCGACCCUGCCACCACCUGCUACGAGCUGGGACUCAUUCACCCACAUCUGAAUGACGGUUAUUUUUACAUGGACCCCAACCAAGGCUGCCCCUACGAUGCUGUGAAGGUAUUCUGUAACUUCACAGCAGGAGGAACAACCUGCAUCAACCCUUUACAGUCACAGAUUAAAUUAGGUUGGGAACCAGAAAAGAAGAAAUCGAAAAUGUCUGUCCAGUGGUUUAGUCAGCAACAUGGAGGAAACAAGUUUGAGUACGCUGGUGUGGACGUCGUCCAGCUGAGGUUUCUGCGGUUACACAGCCACACAUCUUUCCAGCACAUGACUGUCAGCUGUAUAGCAAACAGCUCCAGUACUGCUGACACAACUAAUUCAGCCAAUAAGAUUGUUCACUUUCUUGGAGAUUCUGGCAAAGAAAUAAUUUCACACCUCACCACAGUGUCCAGGAAAGGCAGUGAGGUAGAGGUGGUUGUGAUGGUUCGGGGGAGCACGGACCUACAUCGUGGUGAUAUGGAGUUACUUCCUGUCAGAGAUUUGGGUGUAGAGAUGAGGUCACUAUCUUCCCCUGUCACUGAGACAACUGUUGUUUUGGGACCCCUCUGCUUCUUGUGACCUAUGAGUAGUGUGUGUGUGUGCGUGUGUGCGUGUGUGUGUGUGUGUGUGUGUGUGUGCCUGUGCAAUAUGAAAUAGUGUAAAUAUCUGUUUUAUAUAGAAAGCAGGGAUGUGUGGUGUCUAGAUAUUUUACAUGAACCAUUUUGUUAAGAUUUAUUUGCUCUGUACUGUAUUUUGUGUAUAUUUAUUGCAUUGUCAGAAUCUGAAAAAAUUGUUAAAUGGUUUCAUAUGAAGAUGUCUAUGAAGAUUCUCAGUCAUCCAGGUCAUAGUUAUCCAACGAGGGUUAAAAUGAAGGGCAACUGGACUUGGUUGAAGAUACUGGAAGACGUUUCGUCCCUUAUCCAAAGGACUUCUUCAGUUCUGGGUUUCAUAUGAAGCUAUUUUAGUUAAUAAUUGUUAUUACAUGUUAAUGUAGCGCCGAAUGUUUAAAUGAAAUUGACAUGAAAUUGUAAGGGUUUAUAUCACAACUCAUGUAGUCAGUGUCUCAUCAUCCUCUCAGGGGAAUGAUGUGCUGACCUAUCAAAAUAAAAGCAUGAAUUUGAACAUGUGGAAUGAAAUCCA